AUGAAUUUUACAAAACCACCGUUACCGUUCUUUGGAAAUAAGAGUAAAUGUAAAGAUAUUAUAUUGAGAGAACUUAAGAAACUACCGAAUGGUCUAACAUUUGUAGAUUUGUUCGGUGGAAGUUUCUAUAUAUCCCAUUUGUGCCAUACAAUAUUUCCUGACUCAAAGAUUAUAUGCAAUGACUUCGACAACUAUAUGGACCGUCUCAAACAUAUACCAGACACAAACAAUAUAUUGAAAGAGUUAAAAGAAAAGAUACCUAUAGGUAAGAUGGAACGUAUACCAUUAGAUAAGAAAAAUAUUGUGAGAGAGGUUUUGAAAAAAGCAGAAUAUAUAGACUGGGAUAGUAUAUCUGCUAGACUAUUAUAUAGUGGUGCUAUAAGAGUUCAUGACAUUGAAACACUUAUGUCAAAAGUUUUAUAUCUUAACUAUACAAAUGUUUUCAAAGAGGACAUAGAAAAAUAUAUUGAGGGUAUAGAGUUUGUGAGAUGUCAUUGGACAGAUUUGUAUGAAAAAUAUAAAGACAAGGAAAAUGUUUUCUUUAUAGUGGACCCGCCGUUCUAUAACACAUGGGAUUUUCAAUACCAAGUAGACUGGACUUUGAGAGACUCUUUAG